AACAGCAUAGAAAAUGUGAACAUCAUUAACUUCUUUCUUUUACAGCCAACAAGCAACCAGAUUCAAUUACAAGCAACAACUCCUCCAUUACGUUACAACCUAUAAAAGCACAGCUCCAACUCCAAAAACACAAGCACUCACCCCACAAAACCACAACUGCUCCACACACCACACACACACACAAUGGCUCCUCUGCUGAUCUUUGCCUUUCUUUCCUUCCUCUCCAUCACCAGAGCCGAAGAUCGAGCUCAUGGUCUGGCCAACCAGAGCCCAAUGGCAAUCUCCCCAGAUGCGUACUCAUUCUUCCACCCCAACGCGCUCCAACCAAGCGCUGCCAACCCGUGUGUUUCAUCAAGCUGUUCGACAAUGCCUCUAGCCGCCACUGUGAAGUCUACUCCAGCCCAGCAGAGUGCCCCCACCAGAAGCAGAGGGCUGGGAGCUGGCGGAAUUGCUGGGAUUUCUUUGAGUUUCCUUUUUGUCUGCCUUGUGGGGAUGGGAGUUUACUAUGUGAGCAUCAAGCGGCGAGCCAACCUUGAAAGAGCUGCCAACCCCGAGCAGCAAGCCAAAGUUUGAUGUAUAGAAGUUGCACGAGGAUGUGGUCCGAGCAUUUCUCGCCCGCCUGUACCAUUUUCUCUGUCUUCUGUUAUAUAUCAGUCCCUAUUUUCUGUAUUCAUUUGGCUUGUAUGGUGUUCACCACAGCUCAGUCGUGCAUAUUUAGUAAGGAGGUUUUGGGGUCAUUCAUCCAACAUUGGGAUCGAAAAAUAGUAGUGGAAUCUUCUAUUACACUUUGAUAUUACACAUAAUUAUCAGAUCAUAUAUGCUUAACACG